CCCUUUGCUGAGGCAGCGAAUGGCGGCGUCGGCGGGGUCGUCAGAGAGCAGACGUCGGAGCACUGAGCUGUCUAGAUUCUGCGGCAUGUCCCCCCCGGAAGAAGCGGGAGAGGCGGCGGCAAGAGCAGAAGCACGACCCCAAGCAGAGAACUAGGAUAGCGAGGCCGGGGGCUGGACCGCAGCCCGGCGGCCAGGAAGGGCGGCGGGGCGGCGGGGACGCUCGGGCACUCAGUCAAUCUCACGGGGCGGGGCGGCCGCGGGUCGCGGGCGGAUGACGCGCCGGGGCCGGCGGAGGAGCAGCCACUUCCUGGAGCCGCCGGCCGGGGCCGCUGGCUGCACUCAGCGCCGGAGCCGGGAGCUAGCGGCCGCCGCCAUGUCCCACCAGACCGGCAUCCAAGCAAGUGAAGAUGUUAAAGAGAUCUUUGCCAGAGCCAGAAAUGGAAAGUACAGACUUCUGAAAAUAUCUAUUGAAAAUGAGCAACUUGUGAUUGGAUCAUAUAGUCAGCCUUCAGAUUCCUGGGAUAAGGAUUAUGAUUCCUUUGUUUUACCCCUGUUGGAGGACAAACAACCAUGCUAUAUAUUAUUCAGGUUAGAUUCUCAGAAUGCCCAGGGAUAUGAAUGGAUAUUCAUUGCAUGGUCUCCAGAUCAUUCUCAUGUUCGUCAAAAAAUGUUGUAUGCAGCAACAAGAGCAACUCUGAAGAAGGAAUUUGGAGGUGGCCACAUUAAAGAUGAAGUAUUUGGAACAGUAAAGGAAGAUGUAUCAUUACAUGGAUAUAAAAAAUACUUGCUGUCACAAUCUUCCCCUGCCCCACUGACUGCAGCUGAGGAAGAAUUACGACAGAUUAAAAUCAAUGAGGUACAGACUGACGUGGGUGUGGACACUAAGCAUCAAACACUACAAGGAGUAGCAUUUCCCAUUUCUCGAGAAGCCUUUCAGGCUUUGGAAAAAUUGAAUAACAGACAGCUCAACUAUGUGCAGUUGGAAAUAGAUAUAAAAAAUGAAAUUAUAAUUUUGGCCAACACAACAAAUACAGAACUGAAAGAUUUGCCAAAGAGGAUUCCCAAGGAUUCAGCUCGUUACCAUUUCUUUCUGUAUAAACAUUCCCAUGAAGGAGACUAUUUAGAGUCCAUAGUUUUUAUUUAUUCAAUGCCUGGAUACACAUGCAGUAUAAGAGAGCGGAUGCUGUAUUCUAGCUGCAAGAGCCCUCUGCUAGAAAUUGUAGAAAGACAACUACAAAUGGAUGUAAUUAGAAAGAUCGAGAUAGACAAUGGGGAUGAGUUGACUGCAGACUUCCUUUAUGAAGAAGUACAUCCCAAGCAGCAUGCACACAAGCAAAGUUUUGCAAAACCAAAAGGUCCUGCAGGAAAAAGAGGAAUUCGAAGACUAAUCAGGGGCCCAGCGGAAACUGAAGCUACUACUGAUUAAAGUCAUCACAUUAAACAUUGUAAUACUAGUUUUUUAAAAGUCCAGCUUUUAGUACAGGAGAACAAAUCAUUCCAUGUUGAUAUAAAGUAGGGAAAAAAAUUGUACUUUUUGGAAAAUAGCACUUUUCACUUCUGUGUGUUUUUAAAAUUAAUGUUAUAGAAGACUCAUGAUUUCUAUUUUUGAGUUAAAGCUAGAAAAGGGUUCAACAUAAUGUUUAAUUUUGUCACACUGUUUUCAUAGUGUUGAUUCCACACUUCAAAUACUUCUUAAAAUUUUAUACAGUUGGGCCAGUUCUAGAAAGUCUGAUGUCUCAAAGGGUAAACUUACUACUUUCUUGUGGGACAGAAAGACCUUAAAAUAUUCAUAUUACUUAAUGAAUAUGUUAAGGACCAGGCUAGAGUAUUUUCUAAGCUGGAAACUUAGUGUGCCUUGGAAAAGGCCGCAAGUUGCUUACUCCGAGUAGCUGUGCUAGCUCUGUCAGACUGUAGGAUCAUGUCUGCAACUUUUAGAAAUAGUGCUUUAUAUUGCAGCAGUCUUUUAUAUUUGACUUUUUUUUAAUAGCAUUAAAAUUGCAGAUCAGCUCACUCUGAAACUUUAAGGGUACCAGAUAUUUUCUAUACUGCAGGAUUUCUGAUGACAUUGAAAGACUUUAAACAGCCUUAGUAAAUUAUCUUUCUAAUGCUCUGUGAGGCCAAACAUUUAUGUUCAGAUUGAAAUUUAAAUUAAUAUCAUUCAAAAGGAAACAAAAAAUGUUGAGUUUUAAAAAUCAGGAUUGACUUUUUUCUCCAAAACCAUACAUUUAUAGGCAAAUUGUGUUCUUUAUCACUUCCGAGCAAAUACUCAGAUUUAAAAUUACUUUAAAGUCCUGGUACUUAACAGGCUAACGUAGAUAAACACCUUAAUAAUCUCAGUUAAUACUGUAUUUCAAAACACAUUUAACUGUUUUCUAAUGCUUUGCAUUAUCAGUUACAACCUAGAGAGAUUUUGAGCCUCAUAUUUCUUUGAUACUUGAAAUAGAGGGAGCUAGAACACUUAAUGUUUAAUCUGUUAAACCUGCUGCAAGAGCCAUAACUUUGAGGCAUUUUCUAAAUGAACUGUGGGGAUCCAGGAUUUGUAAUUUCUUGAUCUAAACUUUAUGCUGCAUAAAUCACUUAUCGGAAAUGCACAUUUCAUAGUGUGAAGCACUCAUUUCUAAACCUUAUUAUCUAAGGUAAUAUAUGCACCUUUCAGAAAUUUGUGUUCGAGUAAGUAAAGCAUAUUAGAAUAAUUAUGGGUUGACAGAUUUUUAAAAUAGAAUUUAGAGUAUUUGUGUGGGGUUUUGUUUGUUUACAAAUAAUCAGACUAUAAUAUUUAAACAUGCAAAAUAACUGACAAUAAUGUUGCACUUGUUUACUAAAGAUAUAAGUUGUUCCAUGGGUGUACACGUAGACAGACACACAUACACCCAAAUUAUUGCAUUAAGAAUCCUGGAGCAGACCAUAGCUGAAGCUGUUAUUUUCAGUCAGGAAGACUACCUGUCAUGAAGGUAUAAAAUAAUUUAGAAGUGAAUGUUUUUCUGUACCAUCUAUGUGCAAUUAUACUCUAAAUUCCACUACACUACAUUAAAGUAAAUGGACAUUCCAGAAUAUAGAAGUGAUUAUAGUCUUAAACUAAUUAUUAUUAAACCAAUGAUUGCUGAAAAUCAGUGAUGCAUUUGUUAUAGAGUAUAACUCAUCGUUUACAGUAUGUUUUAGUUGGCAGUAUCAUACCUAGAUGGUGAAUAACAUAUUCCCAGUAAAUUUAUAUAGCAGUGAAGAAUUACAUGCCUUCUGGUGGACAUUUUAUAAGUGCAUUUUAUAUCACAAUAAAAAUUUUUUCUCUUUAA